AUGGCAAGUGAACCUAUGGAAAACAGAUUGUGUCAGAAUCAGAAUGAAGCAGUGGCUUUCUGUACCACAUGGACUAUAAGCAACUUCAGUUUUAGCCAUGAAGUUGGAAAAUUCAUCAAGAGUUCAUACUUCUCAUCUGGAGCACAGGAUAGAUGGUAUCUUCGAAUGAGACCAUGUGAGACAGAUGAAAGAUAUGGAGAAGAAUAUGUAUCUAUCUUCCUCUGUCUUCAAAAGUCUCCAAAUCCUGAAGUCAUGGCAGAGUUUAAAUUUUCUGUUUUGAAUGCAAAUGGUGAAGAAACUCUAGUAACUGUCACUGAGAAGCCAUAUCAAUUUAAGAACUCCACUGCCUUUGGAUUUAAGAAGUUUGUUAAAAGGGACUUUCUGUUAGAUGACACCAACGAGUUGCUUCAAGAUGACACUCUGACUAUCUUCUGUGAGGUGAGAAUAAAAGAAGACUUUGUAAAUACUUCUGACAAAAAUACCCGAGAUAAUGAAUCAGAAAUCCAACUGACCAAAGACCUUCAAGGAUUGUUGGAGAAUUCUUGGUAUACUGAUUGUUCGCUGUGUGUGGCUGGUGCAGAAUUUCAGGCACAUAAAGCAGUUCUGGCAGCUCGUUGUCCAGCCUUUCGUGCUAUGUUUGAGAGGCACAUGGCAGAAGAAAAAAAGAACCACUUUGAAAUCACUGAAGUGAAACCUGAAAUUUUUAAAGAAAUACUGCACUUUAUUUACACGGGGAGGGCUCCGAAUCUGAAUAACAUGGGGUAUGAUUUGCUAGCAGCUGCAGAAAAGUUUGAAUUGGAACGAUUAAAACUUAUGUGUGAAAAUACACUUUGCCGUAAGAUGUCUGUGGAAACUGUGGCAGAAAUAUUAGUCUUUGCAGAUCGUCAGAGAAGAAAUCUAUUGAAGGCUCAGGCUUUGGAUUUCAUCAUAUACAAUAUAAAUGAUAUCAUGGAAACUUCUGGUUGGGAAUCGUUGAUGAUGUACCAUCCUCACUUGGCGAGAGAAGCAUUCUCUUCAAUGGUAUCAAGAGAAAGCGUUUUUGUGGAACCACCUUCUAAGAAGAGGAAAACAUUCUAG